AUGAGUGGAGAUAAGGAAGAGGCCUCCUCCUUCGGUAUACUCAGAAUUUAUGAUGACCCAGAGGAGAGGAGGAACGAGCCAGAAAGCUCUGACAUUUUCUCCCAGCGUGAGCCUCAAGCACAGUCCCAACGGGGCGGUGUGUAUGGGACACCCCAGUGGGCCCUCCAGGGCCUAGACAGAUCUGAGCGGCAGACCGGCUGGCUCUCCGAGGCUGAACCAGGAGAAGCAGCAGAGUUCAGCCCCAGGUAAGUACUGCUUGAACAGACUGGCCGGUGCGGUCCUUCUCCUCCUCCCAGUGAAGAAGUCUGGUCAUUCCUCAGAGCAGUUCCUCCCGUUGCAGAUGAAGUGGUUAGGCAGAGGACCCCACGUGAGUCCUGGAAGGUUGGCAAACUCUGCCAUGGCAAGAAAGUCUAUGCCACUGCCAUCAGCAGCUCAACUCACCAUGUGUACACAUGUGGUCACGGCUACAUCAAGGUGUGGGAUGAGAGUGCGCUGCAUGCCUGGAACAAGGCCCCUCGGGCCCAGCUGAACUUUCAGGACCAUCAGAGCUGUGUCCUCACCUGCAAGCUGUUUCCGGACGAGCAGAGCCUGAUCACUGCGGGUCUGUCCCGGACCCUGACUCUGUGGGAUCUGGCACCCACGCCCCGCAUCAGGGCACAGCUGGCCUCCACAGGCCCCAUGUGCUACUCCCUGGCCAUCUCCUCCAAUGCCCAGAUCUGCUUGGCUUGUUUCAAAGGAUUCGUUGAGAUUUGGGAUUUGCGGAACCAAAUCUUGAUCAGGAAGCAUGAAGUCCCGGAAUAUGGGUCCCGAUGUGUAGACAUCGCAGGCAAUAAGUUCUGGACCGGAGGUGAAGACACCAGCCUGUAUUCCUGGGACCUGAGAAGCUACCAGAAGCUGCAGCAACACAGUCUACACCAUGAGAUCCUCAGCAUUACCCACGACCCCAGUGAGGAAUGGAUCUUAGUGGGCUUGAGAACGAGUGAUGUCAUAAUCCUACACACUCACCGGAAGGAGAAGUUUAAGGCCGUCAUACAAAAAUACAUCCAUCACCACAACCUCAAAUUUGCCUCCUGUGGGAGCUAUUUUGUGACCACAAUGGAUGAGUCGAUCCACUGCUUAGCUGCACCUUCUCUGCAAAGGUUGUUUCAGGUAGAAGAGUCUACAGAAAUUCUGUGUUGUGAUGUGUCCUCUGACAACCAGUAUCUGGUCACGGGCUCCAAGAACAGUGCCACAGUCUACCAGCUCUUGUAUUGAAGGUUGUGUGCCGUGGUUCUGCUGGUGAAGACCCAAAGAAGGCCAGCAAGCUGAAAGGAUGACCUCGGGCGCUGGACAGCUUCCGGUGCCUCCCACGUCUUCUACCUUAUCCUCAAUGGCAGGUCAUCUUAUCCAUUCCCCUCCCACCCAACCUAGCCUGUACGCCCAGGUUUUUAUUGUACGGCUUAGGAAUUUUUCUUUUGUUAUUUUUCUACCACUGACUGCUGGGUUUUGGUAGGGAAACUUGCCUUUAUAAUUAAUAAAAUAGA